AACGUCCAUCAACGUUCACCACUAGCCUUUCCUUCACCUACCCCCAUCUUUCUCCUUUCUUCCCUUCUUCAAACCAAACAUGCUUACCAACUCCAUAACUUUCCGCGACAACCAUUUUAAUUUCAACCCUAAAUUUACAAUCCCUCUCCCUUCGUCGCUAAUUAUCAGCUCUCCAUGGCAUCCACUUCCAACCCAUUCUCCCUCUCUCUCUCUACUGCAAACGCCAACACUUCCUCUUUCAACCCUAAAAGCUUGACCCAUUUCUACCUUCGGUUCAACAACCCAAAUUCCAUAUCGCUCCAAUCUCAACGGGUCCGCCUUCCGGGUUUGAAUUUGAACCGGAUUAAGACAUCGAAAUUCAAGCUCUUUGCUAGCUCUUCUGCUCAGGUUAUGGAUCAAUCAGUUGGUGAGGAAGCAACCUCUAAACCAGCUCCUACAAUUGUUGAAGUCCACUUGGGUGAUCGGAGUUACCCGAUUUAUAUUGGAUCCGGACUUCUUAAUCAACCCGAAUUGCUUCAAAGACAUGUACAUGGGAAGAAAGUGCUUGUGGUAACUAAUACAACAGUAGCACCAUUGUAUCUUGAUAAAGUGGUUGAUGCAUUAACCAGAGACAACCCGAAUGUUUCUGUUGAGAGUGUUGUUUUGCCUGAUGGUGAGAAGUACAAGAACAUGGAAGUUCUAACGAAGAUAUUUGAUAAAGCUAUUGAAUCGAGACUGGAUAGAAGGUGUACAUUUGUUGCUCUCGGAGGUGGUGUUAUUGGUGAUAUGUGUGGUUAUGCAGCUGCUUCCUAUCUUCGUGGUGUUAACUUCAUCCAAAUUCCUACUACUGUUAUGGCACAGGUGGAUUCUUCUGUUGGAGGGAAAACUGGGAUAAAUCAUCCCCUUGGAAAGAACCUAAUUGGAGCAUUUUACCAGCCUCAGUGUGUGCUCGUAGACACUGACACGCUAAACACAUUGCCAGAUAGGGAACUGGCAUCCGGUCUUGCCGAGGUUGUAAAGUAUGGGCUUAUCAGAGAUCCUGAAUUUUUUGAAUGGCAGGAGAAGAAUAUGCAAAAAUUAAUGUUAAGGGAUCCCAGCGCAUUGGCGUAUGCCAUAAAGCGGUCUUGUGAGAAUAAAGCUGAGGUUGUAUCAUUGGAUGAGAAGGAAAGUGGACUGAGGGCAACAUUGAACUUGGGUCACACUUUUGGUCAUGCCAUAGAGACUGGUCUUGGAUACGGUGAAUGGCUCCAUGGAGAAGCUGUUGCAGCCGGAAUGGUCAUGGCUGUUGACAUGUCAUACCGCCUUGGUUGGAUUGAUGAUUCUAUUGUGAAGCGAGUUGACAAAAUUUUAAGACAGGCAAACGUCCCCACGUCCCCACCGGAAAGCAUGACUGUGGAAAUGUUCAAGUCUGUCAUGGCGGUUGAUAAGAAGGUAGCUGAUGGAUUGCUAAGGCUUAUCUUACUGAAAGGACCUCUUGGUAACUGUGUAUUCACUGGUGAUUAUGAUAGAAAAGCCCUUGAUGACACACUCCGGGCGUUUUGCAAGUCAUGAUUCCUUUGUAAGCAAUUUUAGUUCCAAACUGCAUUCAAUUGUUGUAUCACUCAUCUGAUUUUGUAAUAUGAUCUUCCUAGUAUUCAUCACGUUGGUCAUUGUAGCCUGCCUAUAUUUAUAAAGUUGUAAGUUUAGCAAUUAUAUCACGACUCACGUCUAGGCAGGCUACUAAUGCAUCACUUUGGUCAUCAUAGCCUGCCUAUAUUUAUGAAGUUGUAAGUUCAGCAAUUAUUUCACGACCCAAGUCUAGUUAGCUGCUAUGAGAUAGUACUUUGUAUUUGAAAGAGUUAUCCUGAAAUGAGACAGUGAUUUGGAUUAAA